CCCCCCGGACACGCGAACUGCGAGGAAAGCUGCUCAAGUGCUCGGUGCCCGCCGCAAACAUGCUGGCGAUGAUGAUGAUGAAGGAAGAUUGUAACUAGAGAAGAGGGUGAUUUACUGCGCGGGGAAGGAGCGGAGCGUGGAAUAAACAACCGAGAUCCGGGCAAAGCCCAAAUACUGAUUUUUUUUUUUUUUUAUUAUUAUUAUUAUUAUUUUUCUUCACCUAUAUAGAUUUUAUUUUUUUUUUAAUUUUUUUUCUCCCGCCAGGAACUGCCGCUGCCUGCCAGAGCCAGAGAUUUAUUUGCCUUUUCUUUUGGAGGCAGCAGCUCCUUGCUCGGUCGCCCGGCUCGUGCUCCGCUCCGCCGCCGCUCGCCCGCCCGGGCUGCGGGAGGAGCAUGGAUGAUCAGUCCAGGAUGCUGCAGACUCUGGCCGGGGUGAACCUGGCCGGCCACUCGGUGCAGGGGGGCAUGGCUCUGCCUCCUCCCCACGGACACGAAGGGGCAGACGGCGACGGCAGGAAGCAGGACAUCGGAGACAUCCUCCAUCAGAUCAUGACCAUCACUGACCAAAGCCUGGAUGAGGCACAAGCAAAAAAGCAUGCACUGAACUGCCACAGGAUGAAGCCUGCUCUGUUCAGUGUCCUGUGUGAAAUCAAAGAGAAAACAGGUUUGAGCAUCAGAGGAGCCCAGGAGGAAGACCCUCCCGAUCCCCAGCUGAUGAGACUGGACAACAUGCUGCUGGCGGAAGGGGUGUCAGGUCCGGAGAAAGGUGGGGGAUCGGCAGCAGCAGCUGCAGCAGCAGCCGCCUCUGGAGGGUCUUCAGAUAACUCUAUUGAACACUCAGAUUACAGAGCCAAAUUGACCCAGAUCAGACAAAUCUAUCACACAGAGUUGGAGAAAUAUGAACAGGCCUGUAACGAAUUCACCACGCACGUGAUGAACCUGCUCCGAGAACAGAGUCGGACACGCCCCAUCUCUCCGAAGGAGAUCGAGAGGAUGGUGGGCAUCAUUCAUCGAAAGUUCAGCUCCAUCCAGAUGCAGCUCAAACAAAGCACUUGUGAAGCAGUCAUGAUUUUAAGAUCGCGGUUCCUUGAUGCCAGACGGAAACGACGUAACUUCAGCAAACAAGCCACAGAAAUCUUGAAUGAGUAUUUUUACUCCCACCUCAGUAACCCUUACCCCAGUGAAGAAGCCAAAGAAGAGCUGGCAAAGAAAUGCAGCAUCACAGUAUCACAGGUAUCCAACUGGUUUGGCAAUAAGAGAAUCAGGUACAAGAAGAACAUAGGGAAGUUUCAGGAAGAAGCCAAUCUCUACGCUGCAAAGACGGCUGUGACCGCAGCACACGCCGUGGCAGCCGCCGUCCAGAAUAACCAGACAAACUCACCGACCACACCAAACUCUGGUUCUUCUGGUUCUUUUAACCUCCCAAAUUCUGGGGACAUGUUCAUGAACAUGCAGAGUCUGAAUGGGGAUUCUUACCAGGGGUCCCAAGUCGGAGCCAAUGUGCAAUCACAGGUGGAUACCCUCCGUCAUGUUAUCAAUCAGACGGGAGGAUACAAUGAUGGCUUGGGAGGAAAUUCACUGUACAGUCCACACAAUUUAAAUGCUAAUGGAGGCUGGCAGGACGCAACGACUCCAUCUUCUGUGACUUCCCCUACAGAAGGGCCGGGAAGUGUGCACUCCGAUACCUCUAACUAAUCUCCUAGCAACACUUUUUCCCUGCGCUGAGAUGCCGUGGUUAGCGCAUUCAGAGUCACAGGAGAAAAAGGAAAGAAUCUUUUUUGUAGCCAAGCACCUAUAGCUUUACUGUAAAACCUUGUCUUACUAGAAAACUUGGUAAAUCUGUUUUUUAAAGGUAUCAUAAUCAUUUGUAUUUAUACUUAAAACACACAAUGUUAAAAAGCACUUUAUCCAAUUAGGCCAAGAUUUAGCAUUGUUUAUAGCCCUGUAACUAUUUUAUCAUAAUUUAUUAUCAACAAUUUUAGCGAUGACGGUCUAACAGUUGCCAAUUACUUGGCCUUAAGGGUAAAAGUACAGUAUAAGCUUAACCUCAAUAGCAGGAGCAGACACAAAGAAACACCUCACCUAAAUUUAACUUCGUGCAUAUUUCCAUGGAAAGCCUAAAUGAAUUACAGACUUUGAUUGUGUUUAAUCUUUUCAUAUCUCUUAUAGAGUUGGAAUAAAAAGAGCUGUUCAGUUAUUUCAGUUAACGAUGGUCGUCUUUAAGAAUCCUUAUUCGUCACAUUUUUGUUGUGAUCUAUUGUUUUACCAACUAGAUUGGAAGCUGGGAGCAUCUUUUCUCGCUAAAAGUACCCGGACCCAGAGUCUCCUCUCUGUAUUUCAGUCAUGGACAUAGAUCGUUCUUAAGAGAUGAAGAUACUUGCUGCUUAUUUUUGUGGAAGCCAAGACCUGGGGUUUUACAGUAGGAGCUAGGUGCUGCACACACCUUUGCCAAGAUUUGCUACUUCCUCUUGGCAACAAAAAAGAAAGGCACCAUUAUAUGGAGUGUUGUACAUAGUGUAGCAAAAGAGUAUUUAUACAUCUCACCAAUCAAAACACAGCUUUAUUACCUCAUGCGAACUCAUACAAACCAAUAGAAUUUCAACAUGUUCUGUAGCUUAGAGUGCUCACUUACUACCUCUGAACAAUACUCACGCUGUAGUUUGUCUCUUUCUUAUCUUUUUGCAUCUUGUAAUUAACUCUUUGUUUCCCUUCAUGAGAUGUAAUGUACAUUGUAAUCUUUUAAAAAAAAAACAAAGUCAGGGUUGCAUUUGCAACUUUUAAAAAAAGCUAAAGCGGAAACAUUGGGUCUUCGGUUGAAACACAGAGACAGUAAAACUGUUGUAAAUACUGAGAAACAUUUUGAAUGUUCUUCAUCUUGUUACUAAUCCACGCAAAAAAAA